AUGCAGGAGGACUUUGAGUAUGAUGCUCUUACCAUUAGACCCCCUCAGCGGACUCGCUGGUACACCCACCUGUGGCCUGCAUGCCUGGGUUGUGGGUGCUUGGGUAGGAGAAGGCAGCGAUUUCCCCUGUACCUAAUUGGCUAUCACCCUGUGGGGCGGUUCCAAAGGGCAGCCAGUGUGGGUGAUGUGGCGUCGGUGGAGUGGUUCAUCAAUGCCAGUGAACACCAUGUUAAUGAAUGUGACAGGAGGGGCAGGAGUUCACUGCACUACGCCUCUGCCCAUAACCAUCCAAAUGUUGUAACAUUGCUAUCAUCCAACGACUGUACCGAUAUUAACCUGAAGUAUGAUGAAGGCUGCACACCCUUGAUUAAGGCCACCCAGCGGGACAAUAUAGAGUGCAUCUCUAUACUACUGAGGCACGGUGCUGAUCCCCACAUUGUAGAUGCCAAUGGGGAUGCUGCCCUCCACAAUGCCAUUUGCAGAGGGAACAUAAAAAUCUUCAGCAAACUUCUAGAGUAUAAUGUAGAUAUCAAAGCCAGAACAGUGUAUGGUUUGACACCAUAUAAACUCGCUUUAUUUGAAAAUCACCAUGCAAUGGCGGAGUUUUUAAUUGAGAAUGGUGUCGAUGCAGAUUCAGAGCUUACACCAAAUAGGGAACCUCAAGGGACAUGGGAGAUGGAGACAGGAGAUUGUCUGGAAAGAUAUACUUUAGGUAGUCUUGCUUUUACAGCUGUUAACAACAAGAAACUCUGCCUCAAAACUAAGUUAGGAGUGGAGGAGCAGCUGGAGUGGAAUCAGAACAAUCAAAGAGAAAGUGUGUCACCUUCAACAAAGGUAAGAAUCACUCCAACUGCUCCUACCACCCCUGAAGAAAAUAAGGAAGAAUAA